UGUGAGGCAGCUGCCGCGACGUUAUAGUGGACCGUGGGGAGGUUGGGGGCCGAGAGCCGGCGGGCGAGCGAGCGAGGGGGGCAGGAGGGGCGGACGGCGCGGCGGCGGCUGGCGCUGGAGGAGCCUGAGAGGGAGUGCAGAAAGCAGGCACCCGCGCGCCCGCGGUGGCAGGAGCAGCCCGCAAGCCGCUCUCUCUCUGUAGGGCACCUGCAGUUGCAAUAUGACUUUGGAGGAAUUCUCGGCUGGAGAGCAGAAGACCGAAAGGAUGGAUAAGGUGGGGGAUGCCCUCGAGGAAGUGCUCAGCAAAGCCCUGAGUCAGCGCACCAUCACCGUCGGGGUGUACGAGGCUGCCAAGCUGCUCAACGUCCCUGUCCCUGCCCGCAGCGACCCCGAUAACGUGGUGCUGUGCCUGCUGGCGGCGGACGAGGACGACGACAGGGACGUGGCUCUGCAGAUCCACUUCACCCUGAUCCAGGCGUUCUGCUGCGAGAACGACAUCGACAUCCUGCGCGUCAGCAACCCUGGCCGGCUGGCCGAGCUCCUGCUGCUGGAGAGUGACGCGGGCCCCGCGUUGAGCGAGGGCGCCGAGCAGCCCCCGGACUUGCACUGCGUGCUGGUGACGGUAAGGGAGAAGGGGACUGCGGGCAGGACGCGGUUAGAGUCCUGGCAGGAAGUCCGCAACGGCUGAAAGUCGCCUGACUCCAGAUGUGGAAUGGAAUCCACAUUCAUCACAGUGGAAGGAUCCUGCCUUAAGUCAACUUAUUUGUUUUUGCCGGGAAAGCCGCUACAUGGAUCAGUGGGUGCCGGUGAUUAAUCUCCCUGAACGGUGAUGGCAUCUGAAUGAAAAUAACUGAACCAAAUUGCACUGAAGUUUUGAAAUACCUUUGUAGUUACUCAAGCAGUUACUCCCUACACUGAUGCAAGGAUUACAGAAACUGAUGUCAAGGGGCUGCGUGAGUUCAACUACAUGUUCUGGGAGCCCGGAGACAGAUGACUUUGCAGAUGGAAAGAGGUGAAGAUGAAGAAGGAAGCUGUGUGGAAACAGAAAUACAAGUCAAAAGGAACAAAAAUUACAAAGAACCACGCAGGAAGGAAAACAAAACUAUGUAUUAAUUUAGGAUGGUUGAGUUACAUUUAAAUAAACCAAAUAUGCUUUGUUAAAGUUUAAGUGCGCGGCAGUAGUUUGGGUAAUUUUGGUUUAUAUGCCCUCAAGUAAAAAAGAAAAAAGCAGAAAGGGUUAAUCAUAUUUUAAAACCAUAUUUUAUUGUAUUUUGAUGAGAUGUUAAAUUCUCAAAGUUUUAUUAUAAAUUGUACUAAGUUAUUUUAUGACAUGAAAGGUUAUUUAUGCUAUAAAUUUUUUGAAACACAAUACUUACAAUAAACUGGUAUGGAAUAAUUGCA